CCUCAGGCGUUCGGCACCGCGGAGUACCGACAGAGCCUGAUGGAGCUGGUGAGGGAGUACGCCACGUGGGAGGACGUGGAGUGGGUCGUGGGGAACACCAGGCUGCCGGUGGUUCUGAAGGGGGUUCUCUCAGCGGAAGAUGCGAAGCUGGCCGUGGACCGUGGAGUGAAGGGCAUCUACGUGUCCAACCACGGCGGGAGGGAACUGGACGGGGUGCCGGCAACGAUUGACGUCUUGCCGCACAUCGUCCGCGCGGUUGACGGUGAGGCGGAGGUUUACCUGGACGGAGGGGUCCGGACUGGGACGGACGUGCUGAAGGCCUUGGCGCUGGGGGCCAGAUGUGUGUUCAUCGACAGGCCUGUUCUCUGGGGUCUGGCCCACAAUGGUGCAGAAGGAGUCCAGCAGGUUCUACAGAUUCUUACACAGGAACUCAGCCAAGCCAUGGCCAGGGCAGGCUGUGCGAAGAUAUCCGACAUCCAACCGUCUCUUGUUGUGCACCAGUCGUAUUAUGGCAUACCAACUGUCAAAGCAUCGUCUGUGUAACACACUAACUCUACUGUCCGGGGCUGUAACUGGCCCCUCCUCUAGGAGGCCGGCGGAUGUCGGACGGGCUGCUAUAAGCGAAAUUUAAUCAGGCUAGUCAAAGAAGGGCCGGCGUCAGAUUAAAACUAAGGUCACAACAGGCCUUCUUUUUUGUUCGUACGUUGUUUGGGAGGCCAAGUCCGCCACGUUUGUUUAAAAAUGUGGGGAAGUACCAAGGAAGGACUAACAACUUCAGCUAAGGGCACAACCCGCCGUACGUGCAAUUUGUCCGUACGUUUUUCUUUUGGAGGCCAUGGCCACGUCCGCCACUUAUUUCUGAAAACGUUCAAGCUG